AUGGGUGUCCUAAGCAAGCUCACGGGCGCCGUCGCCCUCACGACGAUGCUCGCCUCGGACGUGAAGGCUCAAGCCGCCGGCACCUGUUCUGGUGUGACCGGCCGGUUUGAGCCCAAGCUGGGCGAAGGGUACACUUACUCCGUGCUGGCUACCGGCCUCACCAGCCCGCGGCAUAUUGUUAUCGACUCGGAGGGCAACCUGCUCGUGGCCGAGGCCGGCACGCAAAGUGUUACGCGGCUUGUGCUGGAAGAUCAAGAAGACAUCGUGUGCGUUGCAUCGAGCAACGAGGUUGCCAGUGGCUCGACCAACCACGGCAUCGCCCUCAGCGGCGACGGCAAAACCCUCUUCACCUCCAACCUCGCCAGCGUCACGGCCUACACCUACGACGCAACCACAGGCUCGGUCGACGCAGGCACGCAAAUCGUCAAAGGCAUGUCGUUCCAGGGCACCCACCCGACGCGGGCCAUCGCCACGUCCCAAUGGUCCCCUGACACAAUCCUAGUCGCGCGGGGGUCGGGGGCCAACGUCGACAACACCACUGUGGACCAGGCGGCUGCGCGCAGUAUCAUUAAGACAUUUAGUAUUAGUGAGGGUUUGCAGGCUGCGCAUGAUUAUGCUGAGGGCGGGGAGGUGCUGGCUUGGGGGUUGAGGAAUAUUGUUGGGUUGACGGAGGAUCCGGUGUUUGGUGGGAUUUGGUCCGUCGAAAACCAAAUGGACGACAUCCACCUCAACGGCGUCGACAUCCACACCAACAACCCCGCCGAACGCCUCAGCUACCACGGCAUCCUCAACGCGACCGACAACCCUCAAAAGGGCCGCAACUUCGGCUACCCUUCCUGCGUCCCCGCCUGGGACCCCUCCAGCAUCACCUCCCUCCCAAACCUCUCCGUCGGCGACCUCUUCCACCCGGACGAUGUGCCCGACCCAUCCGACAUCGGCGCCUGCGACGACACCACGGCGCGCGCCACGGGCCGGCUGCAUUUCCCUGCUCACACGGCACCGCUGGACGUGAAGUUUACCGCGGAUGGGACGGCGGCGUAUAUUGCGUUUCAUGGUAGCUGGGAUCGGAGUCCGGCGGAUGGGUAUCGGGUGAUGCGGGUGGAUUUUAAUGCGGAAGAUGGGCAGCCCGUGGAGGCGGCGGAUAGCACGACGGCGCAGGUGCCGGUGUUGGAGAAUGGGGACGUGGGGGAUUGUCCGAAUAAUUGUUUUCGGCCGGUGGGGUUGGCGUUUGAUGCGAAGGGACGGCUGUUUGUGUCGAGUGAUACGUCGGGGGAGAUUUAUGUGAUUUAUGGGGCGUGA